CUUUUCUUUCUGUUCAAAGUCUUUUGUUUCUUUCUGGUCUCCCCCUCAUGCACCCAGUAAAUGCAAAGCAUCAUCACUCCAUAGAAUAAGAUAGAAGAGAGAAAAACAGUGACUUAAAUUCAUCAAAAAUGUUCGACCUUUACUUGUCUCAAUUCAAAACCCACCUCAGAUUCUGCUUCUUGCUGCUCCAGAUUUAACCCACUUGACCAUUAUGUGAGUCGGUCUCCGUUGAGGUUGUAAAGAAAAAAGGAAAGAACUUUUCACCUUCUUUUCGAGAGUGUCUUCUUCAACCUCAUGUUUGAAGUUUUGGGCUCUUUCUGUGAGGCUUUGGUGUUUGCUUGAGAAGAUGCUUGGUGUUCAAGGUUUUUAUGAUAGGGUUGGUGAGUGUGUGGAGCUGUUUCAGUUUCUGUGUUGCCGUUUGUCUUCUGAAUGAAUCCUUGUCUCUUGUUUUCUUGGGUUUGACAGGAAAUUGGGGGUUAAGUUUAUUCAAGCAGAAAUUUAGGCUUUUCAUCUUCAAAAUAUAUGCAUGGAUCAAAGAGAUGCAAUGGGGUUAUCUGGGUCGCCUUCUUACUAUAUGCAUAGAGGCAUGUCUGGAACAGGAACGCAAUCCGGGUUACAUGGAUCGUCAGCCAUUCGUUCCUUAUCUAAUCCAAGUAUGCCAUUUCAAUCAAACACUGUUGGCAGUAAUAUUGGAUCAGCAUUGGCUAUAGAGCCUUCAACAACAGUCUCACCUCAUGGUGUCAAUGUGGGCGCACCAUCUGCUGUGCCAUCGGGGGAGACUGUGAAGAGGAAGAGGGGAAGGCCCCGGAAAUACGGACCUGAUGGGACAGUGUCAUUGACAUUGUCCCCAUCUUCAUCUACUCAUCCUGGGACAAUAACCUCAACCCAAAAGCGAGGUAGAGGACGGCCGCCGGGGACUGGGAGGAAGCAACAAUUAGCUUCCCUUGGUGAAUGGCUGUCUGGUUCAGCCGGGAUGGGCUUUACUCCACAUAUACUCACUGUAGCAGUAGGGGAGGACAUCCCAACAAAAAUAAUGUCAUUUUCGCAGCAGGGACCAAGAGCUGUUUGUGUCUUAUCUGCCAAUGGUUCUGUCUCUACUGUAACUCUCUGUCAGGCAUCGACUUCUGGAGGCACUGUCACAUUUGAGGGGCGCUUUGAGAUUCUAUGUUUAUCAGGCUCUUACUUGCUCAGCAACAAUGGUGGAUCUCGCAAUCGAACUGGUGGUCUGAGUGUCUCCCUUGCUACUCCUGAUGGUCGCGUAAUUGGCGGUGGAGUUGGUGGUAUGCUUAUUGCAGCUACUCCUGUUCAGGUGAUUGUUGGAAGUUUCAUAUGGGGCGGUUCAAAGACAAAAACAAAGAAAGGGGAAGGUUCAGAUGGUGGAAGAGAUGCAGAACACCAGACAGAUGACAACCCUGUAAGCCCAUCUGCAGCACUACCAAGUCAGAGUCUCAAUCCAACCUCUUCACUUGGUGUAUGGCCUGGUUCCCGGCCAAUGGACAUGCGUAAUGCACAUGUUGACAUAGACUUGAUGCGCGGUUGACUAUAUCGCUUGGCAGUUUGACGAGCAAAAUAUACUGCCGAAUUAAAGAGGCACCGAAAUCUAGUUUUUCAGAAGUUUGAUGAUGGACAAAAGCCAGCUGAUUCCGGACUUGAUAAUUCGGCAGUUAUCCGUAUCGACUGUGGGAUGUAGAAAUAUUUUUGUAGGUUAAUGACAUGUUAGUUCAUGAUCUUAGAGGUCAUGUUUUUAACAAAUUUUGUGCGGUAGACAUUUUCCCCUGCAGAUUGAACCAAGAAAAUAUAUGCUGUAGCACGAUUUGGGGCAGCUUAGAUUGUAUCAGCAAGAUGGAUUCGACUAAACGGGAUAUGUUCUUCCAUGUAUGGUAGAAACUAGAAACUGAAUCGAAGUUGAUGAAUUUUGUUUGUUGUCAUA